GCAGAAAAAAACAAAGAUGGCUGCCUCCAUCUUCCAUGCGCGUGCUGUGUUUUGGUCUGAACGGCGCACUUUUCUUUUUAAUCUGCAGCACUGACGCUGCUAAUAAAACUGUAAAAUAAUUUAUUUUACGCGUUUAUAUAUCCAGAACAUAAAUAUGAAACCUAAAUUCCAGCGAAAAGGAGGCGGAAGAGGGAAACAGUCCAGAGACAAGCUGCACAAAUUCAUGGUUUCUGUCCACAACUUUGUCCAGAGUGAAGCAGGACAUAAUGAACUGGAGUCCCACGGCCACAUGGAGAUGCUCGCUAAAAGGAAAAGUCGAAAAGAAAUGCGCAAAGAGAAGCGGAAGCUGAAGAAGAAGAAGAAGAUGAAGGCAAAGCAGCCUGCAGAGGAGAGUAAACAGAGUGGCAGUGUGGAUGCUGCUCCACAGAAAGCUCCACCAGCCAUCAAACCCAGACCCCAGUCCAGCUCUGCUCCUGCUCCUGCUCCUGCUGAGCUCAGUGACAAGGAGAAGAAGCCGAAAAGAAAAGUGCAUUUCGAGAAAACUUCUCCUCAGCCUGAGAAGAAAGCCAAAGUGCAGACCAUGAGGAAGAAAGCUCUGAUUGAAGCCAAUGAGCUGGAGGACAGAGAGAUCAAGAAGCUGGAGAAACGGCUUGGUCUCCAUAAGAGGAGGAACAAGAAGAGCCUUCCGCAGUCCUUCAUCAGCGACGGUCUCGAUUACAUCCUGGGCAUUCUGGAGCCUGGAGGAGCUGCUUUAUACGACAGCGAUGAGGACGUGGAUUCAGCCAAAGCGAAGAACAGGCUGGAGAAGUUAGAGGAGAUCAGUGAGGAUGAGGAGGAUGAAGAUCACGAUGAGUCAGAGCACACGGGUGAGGAGGAGGAUGAGAUGAAGGAAGAAGAGGAGGAGGAGGAUGAGAUGGAGGAAGAGGAGGAGGAGGAGGAGGAGAUUGAAGGAGAUGGGGAGGAGGAAGAAGAAGGAGAAGAAAAAGAAGAAGAAGAAGAGGAGGAGGAAGAGGGAGAAGAAAAUGAAGAGGACGAGGUAGAGGGAGAAGAUGCAUCAGAAGAAGAGGAUGAGCAAGAUGAUGGAGAUGAAGAAAAUCCCCAAGACAAAUUGUCUAGCAGUGAGCCGACAGGUAAAUACGUCCCUCCUCAUCUCCGUGACGCAGCCGACAGCAAGCGCAGAGCUGAGCUGGAGCGACUAAAACGCAGCCUGAAAGGUCUGAUAAACAGGUUGAGUGAACCCAACAUGGGCUCCAUCAGCGGGCAGGUGGAGGAGAUGUACAUGAGCAACAGCAGGAAGGACAUGAACGACGCGCUGACUGAAGUUCUGAUGGCCGCCUGCGUUACGCCAGCGCUGAUGCCUGACAGGCUGCUGAUGGAGCACAUUUUGUUAGUCAGUGUCCUGCAUCACACAGUUGGACUGGAGGUUGGUGCUCAUGUCCUGGAGACGGUGGUGCGCCGCUUCGACGAGACCCAGCGCGACGGAUCCAUCACGGGUAAAGAGUGCUGUAAUCUGGCCUCCAUGAUGGCGCACAUGUACAACUUCCAGGUGGUGCACUCGCUGCUGCUGUUCGACGUGCUGAAGCGGCUGCUGGCGUCGUUCACGCCGCAGGACGUGGAGCUCAUGCUGCUGCUGCUGAGGAACGUGGGCUUUUCCCUGAGGAAGGACGACCCUCUGGGCCUGAAGGAGCUGAUAUCUGAAGCCCAGCGCAAAGCCAGCGCAGAGGGAUCGCGUUUCAGCGACCAGACCAGAGUGCGGUUCAUGUUAGAGACCAUGCUGGCGCUGAAGAACAACGACAUGCGGAAAAUUCCAGGUUACGACCCCGAGCCUGUGGAGAGACUGAGGAAGCUGCAGCGCACGCUGAUCCAGAACCGGGCAAGUGGCACUGAUGUGAAGCUCAGGGUUUCUUUGGAGAAUCUUCUGGAAGCGCAGCGCGUUGGUCGCUGGUGGAUCGUCGGCUCGUCCUGGAGUGGAGCGCCCAUGAUUCAAGACGACAAACCCACAGCGCAGCCUGUUAAAGGGGAGCAGUUCAGUGCCAAAGUGCUGGAGCUGGCACGCAAACAGCGCAUGAACACGGACAUCAGGAGGAACAUCUUCUGCGUCAUUAUGACCAGCGAGGAUUACCUGGACGCCUUUGAGAAGCUCCUCCGACUGGGUCUGAAAGGUCAGCAGGAGCGUGAUAUCAUUCACGUUCUGCUCGACUGCUGCCUGCAGGAGAAAUCCUUCAACGGCUUCUACGCAGUUUUAGCAGAGAAGUUUUGUGCACAUGACCGACGCUUCCAGAUGACUUUCCAGUUCUGUCUGUGGGAUAAGUUUAAAGAUCUGGCAACCCUGUCGAGCAGUUCCUUUACAAACCUCGUCCAGAUGGUCACGCACCUCUUAACCAAGAACUCCCUCUCGCUCUCCAUCCUGAAGGCCAUAGAGUUUGGAGAACUCGAUAAGCCCAAGGUAAAAUUUUUGAGGCAGAUCCUCUCUAAACUCUUACAGCAGACUCAGGAGGAGGAUCUGGUUCAGAUUUUCACCCGGAUUUCUGGAAUUCCUAAGCUAGGAAUGCUACGUGAAGGACUGAAGCUCUUCAUCAGGCACUUCCUGCUUCGGAGUGUGCAGACGGAGGGAACGCUGCUCACCGAGAGGGCCGAGGUCGCCAUCAAGGCCAUGGAGGCUCGCGACGCCAAGCUCAAACUGUAGCACACACACAGUUUCUAUCUGAGACUCGUGAUGAAAAUUUUUAUUAAUUGAACAGACUUCGUCCAGGAGGUGGCUCUUCAACCCAAAUAAUGAGGACGAUGUUUUCUAGGACUCACUUUUUUUUUCCUUUGCAGUCCAUUUUAACAUUUUUAGUGGAAGGAGCACUCGAUGUCCGUGGCCACUUUAAACAAGGAGCCUCAGCUGUGGAAAGAAGCAAAAAAAAACACCUGUUGGUCGAAUAUUCUUUAUACUUUCAUAAUAUGUGAAGAACCUGGACUAUAAAAACUUUCAUUCUCAAAUAUUUCAUUAUUAAUAACAAAGAAAAAGGUGCGUGAGUGUCAUGACAAAAUGUCAAGACAGACUCGGAAAAUGACUAAUUCAGGUGUCAAGAUAACCUUUUCAAUAAAACAUUUAACAGAUGCUUUAUAAAAA